AUGGCUCCAACGUUACAACAGUGCCCCGUCUGCUUUAACCACUAUAGAAGCACUCCAGACGAAAAGUUAUGUCGGCACGGAGGUAAAGUAAAAGGACAGGAAUGCUCUGGGUCCCGGAAAAAAGUUGAUCCAUCGGGCGCGAGGCCUGCUUCGCCGCAUCGGUCUCCGGUGAUCCUCUCGGCCUGGAUAACUCUGCUCUCUGAGCUUAAAUUCGCUUUGGGUCGUGUUUCCUGUCUUUCGGCCCAUGAUGCCUUGACUAUUAUCCGCAAUGCCCUCAGUUUGCCCAAAUUGAUGUACUUCCUGCGUACAUCUAAACACAUUGACCCUUCUAAAUUGGGCGAAUUUGACGGAGCCCUGCGCACCGCCCUGUCAUCGAUUUGCAAUGUUCAAGCGCCCGGACGGAUGCACGCUAAUACCUUGGAGAGCCGGCAGAUGUUUGGCGUGGGAUGUUACGGUCCCUGGCACCCUCGCCGAACGAUACGUAAACCUGACAAGCAAAAACGAAACAAAACCCAAAAAAUACGUUACACACACAAAAAAUACUAA